AUGCCUCCAGCACCUCCACCUCCACCCCCUCCUCCUCCACCUCCACCUCUAAACCCCCCAGCGAACCCCCACCACAACACCAACACCACCACCGCCACACAAACAACCCCUCCCCCACCACCAACCCUCCCCCCAGCCCCACCCAACACAACCCUCGUCUCCCUGCUCAUCUACAACGGCCACCCCUUCGCCGACCACUGGGAAUACUUUGUCGCCUCCCCGUCACGCGCCACACAGGGCACAAUAAUCCAGGCGGCGGGGGAUGUGAGGAAUGGGUUCUGGCUGGAGGUGAAGCGGGGGUGGGAUUUGGAGGGGGAGAUGGGGCUGGCUGCUGGGGGGAGGGGACCCUGUAAGAGGGUGGGGUUGGCGUGGGUUGGGUUGGAGUAUUUUGGGGAGGGGGGUGGGAGGGAUGGGGAGGUGGUGGUGGAGGGUGUGGCGAGGUGUGAGUUUGAGAGGAUGUUGUUCAAGGUCCCGGCGCCGGAAAAGACGUUGAGGACGGUGGAUAGAGAUGGGGGACAGGUACGUUUCGGAGGGAACGAGAAACGGACAAAGAUCACGCAGCGAAACUGCCAGACGUGGGUGGUCGAGUCCGCGGAGCAGUUGGUGAGAGAGGGCAUCUUUGACCAGAAGGUGGUGGACUACCUGCGGGCGACCAGCAUCAUGACACCAUCUUGA